AUGCGUCCCACUACAGCUCUGGUCACUGCCGGCGUCCUCGCCUCAGGCGCGUCGGCUGAGAACUAUCUCGGCUUCAACUCAGGCGCCACACUGGCCGACCGCUCCGCCAAAUUCAAGGCCGACUUCGAAGCCGAGUUCAAGACGGCGCAGGGUCUCGAGAACGCCCCAGGGACGUUCAACGCCGUGCGCCUGUACACCAAUAUCCAGGCCUACUCGCAAGAUGACCCGAUCGAGGCCUUCGAAGCCGCUAUCGAGACCAAGACGAAGUUGCUGCUCGGCAUCUGGACCUCGGGCACCAGCAGCAUCGAGAAGGAGCUCAGCGCGCUCAAGAAGGCGGUCGACAAGUACGGCAAGGACUUCACCGACCUCGUGAUUGGCAUGUCAAUUGGCAGCGAGGAUCUCUACCGCGAUUCCGAGACGGGCAUCAUCAACAAGGCCGGAAUUGGUGCCGGGCCGCAGGUCAUUGUCAACUUCAUCAAUGAGUACAAGAAGGCCUUUGCCGACACGGCCCUUGCUAGCGUCCCCAUCGGGCAUGUUGAUACGUGGGAUGCCUGGACCAACGGCACCAACAAGGUUGUCAUCGAUGCCGUCGAUUGGGUCGGUGUCGACGAGUAUCCCUACUACGAGAACGGCAAGGGCAACGACAUCAAGAACUCUGGCCAGCUCUUCGACCGCGCCUUCAAUGCCGUCGCUGGUGUCGUUGGGGAGAAGCCCAUCUGGGUUACAGAGACCGGCUGGCCUGCCACUGGCCCCAACUGGGACCAGGCGGUUGCCAGCGUCGAGAACGCCAAGUACUACUGGAACGAGGUUGGCUGCCGCAAACUCUUCAACAAGGUCCCGACCUUCUGGUACAACCUGCGUGACUCGAACCCGGACAACGAGAUGAAGUUUGCCAUUACCAACAACCUGUCGACCAAGCCUCUGUUUGACCUGACUUGCCCGACUACCUUUGAGACUCCCUCGUCCACGACUUCGAGCGACUCCUCCUCCUCCACCGGCUUUACAACCAGCGUCACCAGCGCCGGCGGCGCCGCCUCCACGGGCGGUAGCAGCACCGAGUCAGGCUCCAGCGGCUCCGGUGGCUCCGGUACUGGCAGCGCUGCCGCCACCUCGUCAAGCCCGGUAACCGGCAGUAGCUCCUCCAUGGGCAAGACGCUCUCGGCGGCCGCCGUUGCCAGCCUCGCGCUCGUCGCCGGCAUGUUUGCUCUGCUCUAA